CUAGAAAUACGAAAAUGUUAAUAUUUCUAACCAUGAAUUUAUUAGUGGAGAGUAGCAGAAAAAUCAGCAAGUCCACGAAUGCGUGUAGCAAUCAACACCAGUUGCGUGCCGAUUGAAGCAACAAAAUAAGUUCUCUCAACAAUCAACCCAGCCGACCGAUCGAAAAGUGUUGUUGCCGUGCUUCUGUUUUAAUGCUGCUGCGGUGUUUAAUAUAAUACAUACAUUUGUAUGAGUUUAUAUUUACUCAGCCAGGGGUAUAGGAGACGUUCCAGUGGUUGCUGCUAAACAUAUUCAUGGUUAUUGUAUAUUUGUCUGUUUAUGUGGGUGGCCAGGUGAAAUAUUUGCUGCCACCACCCGUCCUCCAUAGUCUGUUAAGCAAUGAGCAAAUGCGUUUAAAUACGGAGAUGCUAACACACAGAGCACUCAGUUCUCGAUCUGUUCUUAACGCUAUCGGUUCUUCUGGCAUACAUUCUACUACACACAGAAGUCACAUUUAAAAAAGGACGUACAGUUUUAGUCACAGAACUGAUUUAAACAUUACAACAUUUAUACGAUAUUCAUAUAAUAAAUAUCUUAGAGGAAUGGUGCAAUACAUGCUUAUAUUAUUCUCUGUGCUCUCUCUUAAUGGUAAAGUGACUGAAGCUGAAAUUGAGGAAAAUACCAUCAAUAAUGACGGAUCAUAUUCGUUUCGGCAUUCCAACGACGACAUUGGGAGCUUUUAUCACAGUUCCUCAUCAAGUCCAGACAACAUAGUACAAGGACGUUAUGGUUCCCGAAAUCCGGCCACAGGACAAGUGGAGGAAGUGGUCUACACUGCCGGACCACUUGGGUUUAGGGUCAACGGUCCAAAAAUUCACCGUAAAAUGAAUUUAGCACAAUAUCCUGUCCGUAAGCUAGGAUCUGUGAAUGAUCCAUUGGCUGAUCCGUACGAUGACCCUUCCUAUAGUUUCAGUUUCCGAUCAGGAGAUCAAUCACGUACGGAAAGUAGUGAUUCCUCUGGUCGAAUAAGAGGUCUGUAUUCAUACUUGGAUGAUGUCGGUGAACGGCAUAAUGUGCGAUAUGCAGCAGGUGCAGGAAUAGGGUACGAAGUUUUGAAUUCAGUACCUGAUAAUCCAGUUAGUGUGGCAUAUGAUGCUCCUCUCUUCAAGGCCCAUCCGAAGACGCGCGGCAAAAUGACAACUCAACGUGGGCCUAAUGGUACUUAUAAAUUAAUUGCUGCUGGGCCCGACCAUCGCCGCGCAGAAAGUCGAAGUGCAGAUGGAUUUGUGAAAGGUACUUAUUCAUAUCUUGAUGAUGCCGGCAUUCAACGCACCGUUGAAUAUAUUGCUGGGCCUGGUAUUGGAUACAGAAUUAUAAAAAAUCGCAUGGGUCCUGGAUCACAUAUAAACCCAUCGAUAACUGAGUUCAGAUUAAGAGACACUGACUUUAAUCUCUCAAAUAAUUUUGGUGUAGGAGCUGGAAGUGGUAGUAGUAGAGACGGUUUGGGAGCAGAAAGUCUAUCAACAACAGUUGCAAACAAGAUGGAUAGUAAUAGAAGGCUUGAAGAUAAUAAAUCAGAUAAUGAAAGGUCUGUACUUAAAGAUGGUUUACGAAAUCAGAUGAAAAGUGAUCGUUUGGGAGCAGCUAGCAACAAUCGCGGAAUAACUCGAUAUGAGAUGACUAAUGGUGGAAACAUAAAAGGAGGUUAUGUUCGAAAACAAAAUGUCAAUCGGAAUAACAAUCGUAACAACAUUAGUUCCGAAAAUCGCGCAAGCCAUCGUAAUUCUGAAGCAAAUAUUUCCUCAUCGGGUAGUGCCAAAGACAACAGUCGUGAUCAUGGUGAUGUUAAUAUCGGUAAAGGCUAUAACUACGUUUCACCACCUUCUUCAUCAGACUUAUUAGGCUUUAGUGAUGAUGAUCUGGGCUCACUACCUCCCUUAAUAACUAGUAGCCACAAAAUCCUACAGUUGGAACGAGAAAAAGACUGGGCCGAUCGACAUCGAGACUCCACAGUAAUACAAAAUGUAGGAAAAUGGUAUAUCGGUCUACCACCAGGACACAGUGUACGAGCCCAUGUUCAGAAUAUAGAUUUAGUGCCACUUGGUGGAAGAAGAAUACCGUCACCAUCCGAAGCAUUACGACAAGAUGAAAUUGCUGAUAUUAUGACCUCGAUGGAGAGUGGAAUUUCAUACGGUGGUCAAGUUUAGAAAAUAAACUAAUAAUAAACUAAUAAUAGUAAAGGAAUACAAUUUAGAAAGUUUAAGAUAAUGAAAUUUAAAAAUAAAAUACAUAAAUGUGUAUACCAA